AUGUCAUUGUUCAGCAGAUUGCUUUCUUAUUUGGGAUUAAAGAAGAAAGAAGUUAAUAUUCUGGUCGUUGGAUUGGACAAUAGUGGAAAGACAACCAUUUUGAACAAUUUCAAAAAGGACGAAGAUAAGAGUCAAGAGAUUGUGGCUACUAUUGGUUUCAAUGUGGAAAGUUUUCAUGUAAACAAUUUAACCUUUUCAGCUUUUGAUAUGUCCGGACAGGGACGUUAUCGUAACCUUUGGGAACAUUAUUUUAAAGGAAUCCAUGCCAUUGUUUUUGUUAUCGAUUCAUCCGACUCUCUUCGUCUUGUCGUGGCCAAAGAUGAGCUGGAUUUGAUGCUAAAGCAUGAUGAGAUUGCCAGUAAACCAAAUCUUCCUUUACUCAUUUUUGCCAAUAAAAUGGACCUUCGAGACGCUUUAUCGAGUGUUAGGAUCUCUCAAGCUUUAGGACUGGAGUCUUUACAAGAAAGGCCUUGGCAUAUUCAAGCAAGCAAUGCUAUAACUGGUCAAGGGCUUCAAGAAGGUAUUCAAUGGCUGACUGAACAGUUAAUCAACCAAAAGAAAUGA